CAGUCUUCCAAGCAAGAGAGUUCUAGUGAACAGUACAAGUUCUGGAUCCAUGUCAGCUUAAAUCAAUGCACCGUUGGAUGGACCCAACAUGCUUUCUUUGCUUCAAUAUAAUGCAUCUAGUGUAUAUUAAUCAAUGCAAUGUUUCUAGUGUUUCACAACACAGUGAAAUAAGUCUGAAAUAAGUCUGGUAUAGACAUGUUUAAAAAUCCUUUGGAUUCUUAAACUUCUCUGUUUCUAACUAGAGUGGGGAAAAAUGGUGAGGAUUAGUGAAUACAAGCCCCAUAUAGCUCAGCUUGCAGUUCAGACAUGUUAUGCAGGCAUGAACAUCAUAGUUAGACUAGCUCUAAAUAAAGGAAUGGAUCCAUCUGUUUUUGUUACUUACAGACAAGCUGUUGCUACACUUACCAUGGCCCCUUUUGCUUAUUUUCUAGAAAGAACAGAACGCCCUCCAAUGACUUGUUCCAUUUUCUGGCAGAUCUUUUUGCUUGGUCUUGUUGGGAUUGCAUUGAACCAGAAUCUUUACUUUGCAGGCUUGGCAGAUACUUCAGCCACAUUUGCUUCUGCGACUACAAACCUCAUUCCUGUAAUUACAUUUGUAAUGGCCACAGCUUUUAGAAUGGAGAAAGUUAACAUUAGAAGUCCGCGAGGACAAGCAAAAGUUAUGGGCACUGUAAUCUGUGUGGGAGGGGCAAUGAUCAUGGCUUUCUACAAAGGCCCUACUCUUACAGGGACACAUUAUUCACUAGGAACGGAUGAAUGGCUGUUUGGUGCAGUCAUUUUGUUUUGCAGUGCUGUUGCAUGGUCUGCGUGGCUUACUUUCCAGAGCCCAGUUUUGAAGAAGUACCCAGCCCAAAAAUCAUUGACAGGAAUGAUGUUGCUCUUAGGGACUGUCCAGAGCGGUGUAAUUGGCUUGAUUAUUGAGCCUCAUGCCUCUGCCUGGAAGCUAAAGUGGGAUAUGGAGCUUCUCAGCAUUGUAUAUGCGGGAGUACUCUGUUCAGCAUUUGCUUUCUUUAUGCAAGCCUAUUGUAUCCAUGAGAAGGGGCCUGUCUUUGCAGGAGUGUUCAACCCAUUAUCUACAGUUUUGGUUGCAAUCUUGGACAGGGUAAUACUUCACGUGAAGCUUCAUGUGGGAAGCCUGGUAGGAGGAAUUCUGAUAAUUUCAGGGCUUUACAUUGUACUGUGGGGCAAAGCAAAAGAUAUAAAGGACUCAGAACCAAGAAAGGAGGGACCCAGAAAUGAGUCCAAUGGUGUCAAUGAUAAUUGUUCAGUUGAUAUUAAUCAGCCUCUCUUGAAUAAUGGAGCACAUCGUUCAGAAGAAGGGGUUUCUUAAUGGUGACCUGCAACUAAAUGGUAAAGAAGUCAUCUUCUUACCUUCGGAAGAGCUAAGCUUGUUGUGACUAUGUUCAAAGAUCACAGAGUCAAAAAAAUUUACGCCUCCCCUUUAUCAUCUUUAUGUAAAAGUAGCUGUCUUAUUUUUUGUAUUAUUCGUAUGGAUAGGAAAUAACCUCUGAGUGGUAAGCAUGUGAGGUUUAUGUGUAGGGUUUUAUAUCAAACUAGGAAUUUUUGGUUGAAUAAAGGAUCUAUAGGUAUUCAUUUCAUCAUAUCAAAGCUGUGUGCGCAGACAUUUGAUAUUUAAGAAUGUAAACUUCUUAUUGAAAAAGAAAAUAACUUUUUUCAUUAA